AUGGCUGAUUUUUCGAUUGAGAAUGUGUGUUAGGCGAUCCAUGCAUUCAACAAUGGUUAAGUUGAGAAGGCUGAUGCAUUCCUGAGAAGUUUCUCAUAAUCUAAAGAGGCUUGGGGAAUUUGCAUUCAAAUUUUAUAGUCAAAUCCAGAUACUUCAUUGGUAUUUUAGGUGUUACGCAUUCUGCAGUCAAAAAUCCUAUAUGACUUCAGUAUUUUGAUUAAUUUUACAUUCUAGUUUCACUCAAUCCAUAGGAGAUUCAACAGAUUUAUUAAAACUGCAUAUAAAUCAUUAUCCAUUACAGUGUAUAAAAUUAAAAAUCUACUAGAAUAUAAUGUGUACUUAUGUUCAUCUAUUUAUACUUGUACACCUAUAAUCCAUAAACUAAAUCCAUCUUGGAGUACGAUAUCUAUAUAAAAUUAGAGUGAUUUCCCAAUUGGUUGAUUGCCAAAACAAUAGUGCGCAUUAGAAUUUCUUAUUCGACAUUUUGGAAACCUUUCCGGAAGAAAUCAUCAGCAAUAAAAAGAUAAUCAUUGAUGACGAAAAGCGAAAAUAUAUCGCCCAAGAUAUCAAGAAUAAACAAAUGUUGGACAUCAUACAAUUUCUACAGCAGAAGUGGAAUAUCUCAACCAACGAGAAUGUCCGAUUCUACGUGUUACGAGCAUAUAAGAGGUGGUUGGAAUUUAUGAAAAAGUAUAUCAACGAAGACGAAGUAUAUUAUUAACAUGUAAAAUUUUAAAGGCCAUUCAAUUCAUGCAAUUAACCACUCAAACUCCGUUGUUUAAAGGCGCUUUGGAUUCCAUCAUCAUUGAAGAAUUGCAGAAUAAGGCAGUCGAUGUAAUAUGCACAUUCUUUGGAAUCAUCCCCAGAAAUAUAUCGGAUUCCCCUUCCUUAGAGCCAUAAAUAAUUAAAAUCAUCUUUGAUGAAGUCUAUAAGACAUUUGCAUUAUGUAAAAAGGCUCUUGAUGAAGAUCUGAGCGAUGAAAUACAUAAUUUGAUACGACUCUACUCCAAACUGGGUAAGAAGUUUAUAUGCAAGAUAUUACUGAAUACUCAACUAGAUGCAUUCUUAACAACUAUGAUAUGGAUAUUUUGCCAUGAAAAUUCUUAUAAUGAAAGUGAAAUCAUGACUGAUUUUUGGAUUAAGAUGAUUAAGACCAUAAGGAUUAUGAAUGACGUUUAAUUAUAGAGUAAAUUUGCUUUGACUUUUGAAUAAUUGAUUAAUGGAUGUGUUAAGAAUAGCAAAGUAAAUUUAACUUUGUUGUCUGAAUAUGGUUUGUAAUCUAAAAUUGAAGAUGAAUUUGAAUAGUUAUUAGAUACAAGAUCAGACAUGAAAGAGAUUAUAGAGGAAUUGGCCACUAUAAUCUAACCUAAUCAAAUUCUCCAACAUUUAGGUUUGAUUUUAAAGUAGGAAUUCAUUGGCAAAAUGGAUGACUCCGGUUGGAUCACUUUUGAAGCAUGUAUGUAUCUAAUAAGUGGCAUUGUUAAAUAAAUCACACUUAAAAAUGAUUAAAUUGGAGUUCAGUAUCUGAUGGAAAUUAUUAAAUUAUAUUUAGACGUGUAUUCAUAAUAAUCUUUGGCGAGUAAUAAUUUCAUUUUAAAAACUGGUAAUUAUUAUUAUAAAUAUUAAAAUAUAGUGUUCAAAACAAUUUCUUAAGGUUGUGCUCAAUUGAUAUCAUCGAAUGAAUUAUUGCCAUUAUUAUUCAAUUUUAUUACGAUUGGUAUUCAUCACAAAGUGCCAUCGGUUCAAAAAAAAGCAACUAAGGCAUUUUAAUUGAUCUGCAAAUAGAAUCAAAAUUUUGUAUUGGUGCAUUUGAGUUAGUUUUUUGAAUUGAUUGUUAAGUUGCAAUAAGUGUAAGUGUAAUUCUUAUGAUUUUAGUUAAAAUUACGAUAAUUUAAUUAAGGGAGUGGCCAAUGCUAUUUGUUCUAGUAAGGAAACUAUGCAAAAUUAUUAUUUAAAAUUAUGUUCAAUUUUUGCUUAGAAUCUCCUUUAAUUGCAAAAAUAAAUUGAAGAAUAGAUAUUGUCUAAUAUGAGCAUUGACUCAUUAGAAGACAACAUUGUUUAAUUUAGUAAAAAUAUCUCUUGUUUGGCCUAUGCAAACAGUUAGAUUCCUGCCAAUGAACAUGAGGAUUUCUUGGAGGUGAGAAUUUUGAUAGUGAACGUUUACAAGGAAUUAUGGCCAAUGUUGCAAUUUGGAAUGGAAAGAAUUGUUAUGUACGAGUCAAGUAUAGCUGAAAAGAUAGUUAGAUACACAAAACAUACUUUUAGAAAGGCAUUCAAUGCAUUUUCAGUGGAUUUGCUAACAUAAGUAUUUUAAUGCUUUUUGAAUGUGUAUCGAUAAAUGCCAAUCACAGCAUGCAUCUACAUAGCCGAAGUGUCAGCUACUGUGUUUUAUAAAUACCCUGAAUAUAGGAACAUUCUAUCGGAGGCGUUUGAAAAUCUCUGCAACAUAACUUUCUAACAUUUACCCUAAUUAUCAAGUUUUGAAGAGAAUCCUGAUUUGACUGAGGAUCUCUUUGGAAUUUUAGUUCGAUAUGGAAGAUACACUCCAGUAUUGCUGUUGUAGAGUCCUGCUCUGACGACAAUCUUGCAACUUACUUUAAUGGCAAUUGGAUUGAAACAUGUGAGUGCAGCAAAAACCUUCUAUUCUUGGUUGGAAGUGGCAUUCAAGAUCUUAAAACCUCAGGAUGAUACCUUCAAGACCCAGAUUCCUCAGGAGUACAAGGAGAGUAAGAUGUGUUGAUUAACAUUUAGAGUUUUAGUAGAUCUUUGUGCCUUUUGUGCCUCAGUAUACAUCGAAGUUGUUCGAGGCUUUGAGAAAGGGGACGGCGGAUGAGGAGGUGGAGGAAUAUAUUUAGGAUUGCAUUCUCGCCUUGUCUCAAUUGUAGUUUCUUGAUUAUGGGAAACUGUUGGAGGGCGUGUUUGAGGAGGGUCCAUAGAACAUUUUGACUUAAUCUGAGAGGAAGAGUUGGUUGGACUAGAACAAGGAUAGCUAGAUUCAGAAACAUUAUUUGAAAUUGUAUUCGAGGCGGUGUGUUCAAAAUGCUUUAAGGGGAUGACAAUAAUAAUUCAAUUAUAUAUAUAGAUUUAAAAUUGCC